CAUGCGCCAACAGCUUUUAGUGUUACUUCCGUAGCAUGUAGGCUAACAACAAGCUAACAGCACAAGAUAUUAAAACCUCCUCCCGCGGUCGUCCGCGUUCACAUAAAACAUUUAUCCUUAAAAUGACGACUCCGCUGCUUCUGAAGGCUUUUGUUAACGAGCGACUGACAGCUGCUGCCGAGGAGAUAUUUCUGGUUUUUGAGCGAACGGUAACAAAAUAUGAAGAAGACGCUUCCAGCUCAAAGCAGGAGAUCGAGCGUCUCAGAGGUCUGCUGCAGGAGUUUGUGUCAACCCACAAAACAGACUUUUCUUCCACUUGUAAAGAGGAAAAUCCCCCGGAGCAGCACCACUGUGAACACGAGGUCAGCGUCCAUCAAAGGGACCCGGAGCCUCGACGCAUAAAAGAGGAACCUCGUGAACUCUGGCCCAAUCGGCAGCUAGAAGAAGAUCAAGAGUUUAAAGACGCCGGUUUCUCAUGCCUGCCUCAUUCAUCUGUCUGGGGGAAUAAUGGGCAGGAGGAAACAAAACUGCCAUUGCAACCUCAGACUCAAACAAGGGAUAGUGAGGAGCAAUUUCAGGAGGCAACUAAAGUUUUGCAUUUCGUGUCGCCUCUCGCCUCAGCUCCGUCUUCACAAGCUCCGAUCCAAAAGGAAAGGGUCCAAGAUGGCAGGGAGAGCGAAAGACCCGGACCGCAGGCGGACCGGAGCCAGAGCUCCUUCGUCGCAUCCAGGGAAUCCCCAGAUUUGUCUCCCUCGAAUUUAGUUGUGCCCGACUAUCGUUGCUAUGUGUGCGACAAAACAUUUUCCUCCAAUCAUCACUUGACAAACCACGCUUUUCGCAUGCACUCGAAAGACGCGGACGCCGUGUGUGCCGUGUGCGGUAGAGCCCUGGAGUCCUCCGCGAGCCUCAACGUGCACCUACAUUCGCACAAGGGCUCCAAAUGUUGCCAAAUGUGUGGCAAACAGUGCAAAACCACCACGGCGCUGACUGAGCACAUGGCCGGCCACGCCGGCGUGAAGCUGCACCGCUGUCACGUUUGUGGGAAGGAGUGCAGCCGGAAAGCCGAUUUGAAGAUACACACGAGGAUUCACACGGGCGAGAAGCCUUUCUGCUGCUCUUACUGUGACAAAAGUUUCACCCACAGCGGACAUCUGAAGAAGCACAUGAGAAGCCACACGGGGGAGAGACCGCACAGGUGUGACCUGUGCGGCAAAGGGUUUCUACAGAGCGCACACCUGAAAUACCACCUAGGGACUCACGCUCAGAAAUACUGACUUUGGUAUCCACCUGGAGCUGAUUCUAUCAAAACGAUCAACUUUACAGCAAUGUGUAAAAGAUCAGCUCUCAAGGGGGUCACAUGAUAUAUCUGACUGGGAAUAGGCAAACAGUGACAGACAAUUUUAUACUGUGUGUGCCAUAAUGUAUGUUUCUAUUUAUUUAUUUUUUGUGUCAUUUCUUUUAUUUCCCCUUAAGAUGGCUUAAAUUGAAAUAUAAGGAAGAACCAUACUUGCGAGGAAGAGCAAAAGGUUUAAUAUCUAAUCUGUCGUCACUUUUAACGUAACCUGUGUUCUGGUUGCAACUCCCCAACAACAGGAAGAGUCACUAUUCUCAUUACCAUUAACAUCAGUGUGUCUUUGUCAUAUAUAUUUAUUUUAUCGGAUUUGGAAUGAUGUAUAUAUUUAUUUGAUAAUAUUUUAAUCAGGCAUCACUUAGUAGCAGCUUCUCUGAUUCAUAUUAAAAAAUACCACAGCUGCUAUCAGCCUCAGAUUUGAUUCGGUUCUAUUCUAAUCUUCUAUUCGAGGCAAAGCUUUCUUUAACUGCUUAGUGUAUUGCUCAUAGGUUCUGAGGCAGUGCCUUGGAUAUAACUACACACGAGGAAACACUCACAUUGAAGGUUCCUGUAACAUGAAAAAAGCAAUAGAUUUAUUGAUAAUGUCACAAAUCUUUCUGUUUACAAUCAAGCGGGGGUUUCCUCGAGCACAGAAUAAUCUGAAAACAAUGCAAAUGUAUUUUUUAUAACCAAAUUUGACCAAAUUCUAGGCCCAACUUUAAAACUUGAUGUAGUUUAAACCAAAGCGUGUGUACAAACUUCCAGUUGGUUAAUUUAUAUCUGGCAGUUUGAAUGAAAACAAAUAAUAGUCUUUAUAAUGCCCUUAGGAGUUGUUGACAAAUAUAUUUAUUUCACCAGUAGGUGGCACUGCAGGAGUCUUCAAUUAUCCAUCCACCGUCAGGGAAGGCUCAGUGGAGUUUACAGGUUUUAACUCUUAAAUAUGUAUUAAUUAUGCAUCUAUUAAGUUAUAUAUGUCUUUUGACACAUUCUGCUCAUCUGAUGAAUCAGUUGCUGACUCAUCUUUUGGGCAAAGCUCUAAAUCACUCAGGGUUGAUUUAAACUGCUACUUAUUUUCCAAUUAAAAAACAUAAAUUAAACUCACA